AUGCACAUCCUCCUCCCAUUCCUCUUUGCGGUCCCAUUCGCAAGCGCUCAAAUCGCAGCCGGCGGCGGCGGGGCCGUGACCUCGCUCGUCGCGACGCAAUCCCCCGUAGUGUCCUCCCUCGCGUCUCUCGAGACAACAGCGUUAGGGACGUGGCCGUUAGGGACGGCGCCGAAACCGGGGACUAUUGGGCUUGGGACUAUUCAGGGGGAGGUCGGGGUUGUGAAGACGAAGACUGGGUAG